CUGCUUUCUCGAGAAGUAAUGGGGUAAAGUAAGAAUAUUUAGAUUUUAAGGGGUUGAUUUUGUAAAUUUGAAGAAAUGAAAGAUCAAACAAAUAAUAGAAGAACAGAGACGAAACCUGCCGGAGAAAAAAACCGGCGAAAAUGGGAAAUUCGAAUUCGUCUUCUGUUGAUCAUCGCUUCACUUCUGCUUCCAGAGCUUUUACUCAGAAGAAGCUCGAUGAUCUCAAAUCUCUCUUUGUCUCCCUCGCUUCCAAGUCUCAGAGCAAUGACCAAUACGUAUCGUACCCUGUUUUCCAGGAGUAUUUUGGUCUGAGUGGUUCUUUAGGAGAAAGGAUGUUUGAUAUGGUCACUCAACACAGGAAAGAUGAUAAAUUGACUUUUGAAGAUCUUGUUAUUGCUAAGGAGUAUUUUGGUCUGAGUGGUUCUUUAGGAUGUUUGAUAUUGUCACUCAACACAGGAAAGAUGAUAAAAUGACUUUUUAAGAUGUUGUUAUUGCUAAUGUAACACUUAUCCUCUUAAUCAUUGGUUUCUUUCUACCUAUGAAUUUAACAAGUAAAGGUAUUAAGGUAAG